GCGCGGCUGCUCCUGGGGACAGCUCGAGCUCGAGGCGCUGAAGGCUGGGCUUCAACAUGUUGCAGCUGCGGUAUGUCACGGAGGAGCAGCUGGCCGGCUUCGACCAAUACCAGUAUAGUGCUGUAGAUACAAAUCCUUUAUCAGUGUAUGUUAUGCAGCACCUCUGGAACAGAAUAGUUAAGAUAGUGCCACUGUGGAUUGCACCUAAUUUGCUUACCUUUUCUGGAUUUUUAUUGCUUUUAAUCAAUUAUUUUGUAUUAAGUUUUUAUGACUGGGAUUAUACUGCUUCAGGUUCCCAGCUUAUUCCAAACUGGGUGUGGUGGUUUGCUGCUCUCUCUACCUUUUCUGCCUAUGCUUUAGAUUCUAUAGAUGGGAAACAUGCUAGAAGAACACAGUCCAGUAGUCCUCUGGGAGAGCUAUUUGACCAUGGGUUGGAUAGCUGGGCUACUUCCCUUUUCACAAUUUCUUGGUUCUCUGUUUGUGCAAGUCCAGGGGGCUCCCCGGGACUUUCCGAGCACACGAUGUUCUUGUUCCUGAGCAUUGUUUUGCUUAACUUCAUGUUGUCCCAUUGGGAAAAAUAUAACACUGGAGUCCUUUUUCUUCCUUGGGGAUAUGACCUAAGCCAAGUGACACUGGUAACAGGGUAUCUGCUGACGGCUAUUGUUGGUGUAGAAAUUUGGUACAAACCUUUGGUGUUUGGUUAUUAUGUUACAACUGUAUCAUUGACCUUGAUUAUAGCCUGCAGCGUUUUCCUUUCUCUCCCACAGACGUUCUACAACAUCUACACGGCAUACCAGAGGAAGACGUUGAAGCAAGAUUCUUUGUAUGAAGCCUUGCUGCCUUUAGUGUCUCCUGCCCUCCUGUUUUCCCUCCUGACUGUUUGGGUGGCUUUAUCUCCAUGUAAUAUAUUAAUCAAGCAGCCCAGAUUAUUUUUAUUUAUGGUUGGCGUUGCCUUCUCCAGUGUUGCCUGCAGAGUGAUCGUGUGCCAAAUGAGCAACACCAGAUCUGAGUCAUUCCACUACCUCUUGUUUCCAUUGGCCCUGGUGGUCUUCGCAGCAGUAACAGGGCUUCUGGGGAGACUGGAGGAAUCGGUGUUCAUGGCUUUCACUGCGUUAACCACAAUGGCUCAUGUGCACUAUGGAGUGUGUGUGGGGAGACAAUUAAGUCAACACUUGAAUAUUCACAUCUUUUCCAUGAAGAAACGUGCCCAGGAAUAAGUAUUUGUUAUCAAGGAACAGUCAAGAUCUGCCCUGAUAUUCCUUCUUUCUAGGAACAAUGAGACUCAAUGUACCUGAAUGACCAAAGUAUCUUCAUACACUUAAUGAAUAUAAUGGAAUCCAUGUGUAAAGUGGUGUGCUUCUCUUGUGUCUCGAAUAUAAGCUAUUCACAGAAAGAGGUUUCUUAGCUUUUCCCCUCCAUACUCCCACAUCUCCAUCUCUCCAGUCUCUUUCUGGCUUAUGUUCAGAAGGGCAGAGGAUUCUAACCAUCAUGGAGUGUGUGGCUGUGCCUCUAAAACGCAGAGGAAGUUGCCAAGUCAGCCUAUGGGCCCUGUGUUAAGGAGCCCUCAUACGGUUGGACAAGCCUGCAUGCUUGACUCUGCUGGCUCCUUCACUGGACUGCUGUGAAAACAGAAUGAAUGUCACGGAUGUUGCAGGAUACCUGAAAUACCUUAGAAGGCAGGAGGCAUCCAUCUCCUUCUGCAUCUCCUCCUCCCAUGUCCAAGUUUGGGCAGAAGUGACAGUUAAGAAUUAUGGAGUUGAUGGUCAUAGUGAAUUUCAGGAUGUAGCUUUUAUAAGUCAAGUUGCUCAGGAACUCUAAUUUGUUUUUUUCAGUACCCUCUGAUAAGCUUAAUCCUAAAAGCAAAACCACACGCCUUAUUUGGCAGGUACUUAAUGGAGAACUGUAGAAACCCUCCCCACAAUUUAUUGUUUUGUCAUAGAAUAAAAACAAAAUAGCAGCUGACGUUGUAAGAGCCCUUUAAGGUUUGCCAAGUGCUUUCCAUAUAUGCUCUCUCUCAUCUUUAGGCACAGCCACAUGAGAAUAGGGAGAUUCAUUACAGCGCAGCAAGGAAACUCUAGGAGAAUUAAAGCCAAUAAAACUAACUGGAACAGAUUCACAAUGAAGCAUAUUAGAUUAGGACAAUCAUUAUAUUCCUUAGGAGCAAAGUGAAGUUAUUUCCAGUUGUCAUGCUUUGAUGCAUAGCUGUGUGGUCCUAGGUACUAUUUUUAAGGUCUACGUAAAUUGAGUUAGUGUAAGUUUUAUCCACAGAAACCAUGCUUAGGGCUUCUCCCAAAUAGUCAAUGGUUUACAUAAUCAUGUGUGUUCCAAGUUUUAAGAAUUAUAUACUUUAUAUAAAAAUGUCUCCAUGUGGUAAACACAGUAUACACACACACACACACAAGACCAUUUGGAAUUUGUUCAUAUACAAAAAUAACUUCCACUCUUGUGAAUUGAGAAGAGGUAAUGAUACAAAUUCUCUGAAUGAAUGCUGCUAUUGGGGUCUUUUUUCUUGGAUUAUUGUUGAUAUGAGUUUACUUACCUCUGACGUAAAUAUAUUCAUCCACUCUGUGCCUAGUAAA